AUGUCCCUGCUGCUGCCGCUGCUGGGGAGCCAGACCGCGCGCAGCCUGAGGCCGGGCCCGGCCGCCUCUGCCGCCGCCGCCGCGCCCCAUCCGCCGUCCUGGUGCUGCUGCGGGCGGGGGCUGCGGGAGCUCACGGCCCCUGGGGGGCCCUGGCGGCUGGGCACACACUCCAAGAAAGAGCCCAUGGAGGCGCUGAACACGGCGCAGGGCGCGUGCGACUUCAUCUACAGCCUGCACUCCACCGAGAGGAGCUGCCUGCUCAAGGAGCUGCACUGCUUCGAGUCCCUUGCCAUCGCCCAAGAAAAAUUGGAAGCUCAACCUCCCACCCCAGGCCAGCUGAGAUAUGUAUUCAUCCACAAUGCGAUACCUUUCGUAGGGUUUGGCUUUUUGGAUAAUGCAAUUAUGAUUGUCGCAGGAACACAUAUCGAAUUGUCUAUUGGAAUUAUUUUUGGAAUUUCAACAAUGGCAGCUGCUGCUUUGGGGAAUCUUGUGUCAGAUUUAGCUGGACUUGGACUUGCAGGUUACAUUGAAGCUUUGGUUUCCAGGUUAGGCCUGUCAAUUCCUGAUCUUACACCAAAACAAGUUGACAUGUGGCAAACACGUGUUAGCACACAUUUGGGCAAAGCUGUCGGGGUGACGAUUGGCUGCAUUCUAGGAAUGUUUCCUUUGAUUUUCUUUGGAGCUGGUGAAGAAGAUGAAAAACUGGAAAAGAAAAAUUAACCCUCUUAGACUACAUAUAAAAAGAUGUAAACUAAUGUACCUCAGUUAUGAAAUAUGCUGUCACAACAUUUAGGAAUUAAGACAGUAACAGUGUAGAGAUAUGGGAUCAAGUAAUUCAGCAUGUAUUAUGGAAAACGCUAACUUAUUGUGGCUUGGUUUUCUCAUGACUUUUUUUUAAAGAACUAGUAACAUUUUAUGUAAAUUGUUGAGAUGCUUUUUUAUCGAUAGCAGUCAACAUUUCAUCUUUUCCUUCUCUUUCUGUAUCAAGAUAUUAUUUAAGUUUCAGUCAUUGCUGUACUGUACUGACUUGGGGUUUGCUUGUUUGGUACUUACCCUUGUGACACACAUGUUAUUGUCUUGUU